UCAGAGACUUUUAUGAAUCCAAUACAAAAUAUAUUUCUGAGGAGAAGGACAUGGAAAUAAACCAGAUUUUUAAUACCAUAAGUAACAGUAUUUCGAGUGUCCCUUUCAGACAUUUAAAUCUAACAACAAGUGCAAAAAUGGGCAGAGCAAAGAUAUUAUCUGACAGACAACAGUAUUGCAAUGGAGAUUCUUUAACUGUCCGUGUUGAUAUGUUCAAUUAUUUGGGUCAAAGGAAGACAUAUGGAGGAGAUUUCUUAACAGCAUGGAUCUAUUCCACCGAUCUUGGAGCUGCAGCUUCCGGAAGGGUUGAAGAUUUCAAUAAUGGAUCCUAUAACAUCCAUUUCAUUCUAUCUUGGGAAGGGAAUGUGAAAAUAUUUAUUUUGUAUCAUCCAAGUGAGGGUGUGUCUGCUUUAUGGAGAGCUCGGAAUUCGGGAUAUAAAAAUAUUAUUUUCACUGGAAAUUUUCUCUAUAAAACUCAGGAGAUUGAGAAAGUUUGUGGAUUUUAUUUAGAAUCACAACAGGAAAAAUGUGUUUAUGCAGAUAAAAGAGAUGGUGAAUUUUUCUACUGCAUCAAACCUCCAAAUGUACCAUGUGAAGCACUAAUUUCAAUGAGGUCCAACAUCCAUCAUCAUUCAUAUCUUACCAAAUCAGAAAAGACUAUUUUUACCAGGUCAAAUAUUGGGGUAAAAAUUCCCAAAGACCCUGGAAGCAUUGCUGUAACAAAUUGUCAAAGAAACUUUACAGAUGUGAAACCAACAUGUAGAAUUGGGAUGUCUAUGCCAUAUCCAAGUGGAUAUUUUUUAAAUAAUUUAUGGCACUCAAACUUCUGCAACCUUUCUUCUUUUGAACCAUUGUCUCAAAUCAAUGAGUGUUUGACUGGGAAAUUGAUAUACCUUAUGGGAGAUUCAACACUUCGUCAGUGGAUUGAAUACUUCCAAAAACAUAUGAAGAGCCUCAAGUUUUUUAAUCUUCCUGGACAUGGUAUACAUACAAAAUAUUUAGCUCUGGACAUGGAUAGGAAUAUAUAUAUUCAAUGGAAGAAGCAUGGUCAUCCAUUUGUCAGCCCAGGUAUCUACUCUGUCAAAGACUGUGCUUACAUCCCCCGUGAAAUUGAUGGACUUCCUGGGAGUCCAAACACCAUAAUUGUUAUUACACUUGGACAACAUUUCAGAGGUUUCCCUCUACAUUUGUUCAUCAGAAGACUACUAAGUGUGCGAAAGGCCAUUGAACGUAUUUUUCAACGAAGUCCUGAAACCAAGAUCUUCAUCAAGUUAGAGAAUUCAAGGGAAAUAAACACAGAUGUAGAACGAAUUAGUGAUUUUCAUGGCUAUAUCCAAUAUCUCAUAUUUAAAGACUUAUUUAAAAGACUUAAUGUUGGAAUAAUUGAUGCUUGGGAAAUGACACAAGCCUUUGCUUCUUACAAUCUUCAUCCUCCUGAGACUGUCAUUAGGAACCAAAUCAACAUGUUCUUGUCAUAUAUAUGUUAACUUAAUAUGGUUAUUCAAGGAAGCAUAGGCUUCAUGUACAAUACCCAGGGCAUCAAACCCUCUUCUGACCUGCAGUCAUAUACCUGCAGUAUAA